AUACGUUAACAGUACAUUUAAAAAUGGUUUUAGUUAUUAUAAUGUCAUAUUAUAAUAAGUUUAAUAGUUUAAUUGUCUUAAAAGAUAGAAAACUAUCACAAAUGUUCUAAAUUAACCAGGUGUAAACGUAAACUGCCAUGAAUAAUUAAAAUUAUAGGUCUUGUUCUAAGUUACUACUUGGCAGUAUUUCCGCGUGAAGCGAUAAAAAAAUCUUUAGAUGAUAAAGUAUAAAAAGUGGGCCGAAGAGUUGCUAGAAUUUAUGUUGAUAUCGUACAGGUAUAUAAACUGGUUAUUUGUCACCCUGAAUUAGCAGUCUAAUUUGAUAUCAGUCGUUCAUUGUCAUGCAUAUUAGCUCUGCUACACAAAAUUUAUUUUAAAGCACACCCAUUGCUCAAGCGUUAAUCCAAUCUCGGUGGUUUAAUUUUGUAAAAAAAAAUGAAGUUAACAACUAUUAUUAUUGUAGUGUUCACAUUAUUUCAACCCAACCGAGCCGAACCGCAUAUUCUAGAAAGUCCUUUGCGAGAAAAAUAUGACAGUUAUGGAGAAGAUUGGAUAUUUAUGCCUGAUGGUAAUGAUAAUCCACAAGUAGCUAUUUUGAAAGGGUCUGGUCCUGAGUUGGUAAAUCGAGGAUUUUUGAGUGAAGAAGUAAGCUUUAUUUUAUACACAAGAUCUGGUCCUGAAAAUGGAACCGCGUUAUUUACUGAUAAUCCAGAUGCUUUAAGAAAUUCUGACUUCUCUCCUUUCCGACAAACUAAAUUUAUUACUCAUGGAUGGAAAUCUAGUGCGUUAGCUGUAGGUCCAACAAAUUUAAAAAACGCUUAUUUAAAAAAAGGAGAUUAUAAUGUUAUUCUCGUUGAUUGGGAACCUCUGGCUUCCAAUACAUGGUACUUAGGUCCGAUGAAAAAUACAGAAAAAGUUGGAGCCGAAGCAGGAAAGUUUAUCGAUUAUUUAAUCAGCGAAACUGGAUUAAGCUUAGACAAUAUUCAUUUUCUUGGUCAUUCUCUGGGAGCACAUGUAGCUGGAAAUGCAGGAUAUUCCGUAACAUCAGGGAAAAUUAGCAGAAUUACUGGGUUAGAUCCAGCUCUACCUGGCUUCCAUGCUUUAUCAACAAAAGACAAUAGACUAGAUUCUUCAGAUGCACAGUUUGUAGAUGUAAUUCAUUCAUGUGGAGGAAUACUAGGAUUUUUACAGCCUUUAGGAACUGUUGAUUUUUAUCCAAAUGGCGGAGUUGCUAUACAACCGGGGUGCUGUUGUAUGCCCGAAAUUACAGAGGCUUGUAGUCAUGGACGUGCUUAUACAUAUUACACUGAAAGUAUUAUAUCUGAAACAGGCUUGUUAGCCACCAAAUGUUCAGACUGGGGAAGUUAUGUUGAAGGAAGAUGUAAUGAAUCUGGAUUAGUCUUCAUGGGUGAAUUUGUAGACCGAUCUGCAACGGGUUCUUACUUUUUAAGGACUCAAGCUGAACCUCCCUUUGCUAUGCCAUGGCAAUCAGGAUCAUAUAAUGAUGAAUGCAAUGAACCUGGUGGUUGGCAUGUUAAUCCAGAUGGUACGCGUUCAUGCGGAACAAAUUUGAUUUAAUUUUUGCACAAAUGAUAAUUAAUAAUUAAUAUAUAAUAAAUGUUUAUUUAGAAUAAAGAAUGUAAUGAUAUUAAUUAGUAAAAUAAGAAUAAAUUCAAUUUGUAUUGAUAUAUUCAAUUGACCACUGUAUAUUUAGAUAAAAGAAAGAAAGUGUA